UCUGUUCGCGGACGCAUCUCGUUAUGCGGGAUGGGUGAGCCUUCAUUCCCCGACGUGCGUCGGGAAGCCCGUGGAAUAGGCACGCAUGCGUCGUUGGGCUGUUUGUUUGCGUCGGAGGGAAGGCCGUGGUGCAGGAGCGGCGGCCCGGCCUAGGGGGAGAAGUGGCAGCGCGGGCUCCUACUGCCUCCGGCGGGGCUGCGGGGAGAGGAAAGGUGUCGACCCGGCCUCAGGUGGCGGGAGCAGCAACGGGAGCAGUGAAGGAGCCCCGUCAAAGGCCGAGCGGCAAGGCCCUCCCUGGCAGCCCCGCGACCCCGCUGUAGGACUGAAUGGGGCUGCGAGAGGCUCGGCUGCACCCGCUGUUGGCAACAAGCCACCCCUUCGCCUCGCCGUCUGGUGGGCUCUGAGGAUCCCGCUGCCGCCCUCGCGUGCUUGCCAGCCCCGCUGGGGUAGCAGGGCCGUGGCCGUGCUGUGGGCGAGGGGGCAGUCAGUGGGGCGCAGCCUGGGGCAAGGGAAGGCGGAGGGCCGCGGCCGCCGAGGUUUUUCCAUUUGGCGGCAGGUAGGACAAGGAAAGUACCCCGCCAGCAAUAUAGAGGCCUGGGGCUCCCUUGGGGGUGGUAGGUGGAAGAGGACGAUGGAACUGGUAGCGAAUCGGGACUGAUAAAAGCAGCGGGGCCUCCUGGCAGCCAGAUUUACCAUCUGCCUCUGAACACCGAGACUCUUGGAUCAAGGACGGGACUUGUGGGGCAGAGCUUUGUGCGUAUAAACAUGAACAGGUACCUUCCAGUAGCCCGGCAACACUUCCUGGCUGCGCUGGCCAGCACCAGCGUCGUCGUGAAGUCCAUAUGUGCCAUUGUCAUCCUGCUCUACCUUCUCUCUUUUGCUGUGGACACAGUAUUUGGACUGGGCGUGACGCCUGGGUAUCUCUUCCCACCCAACUUCUGGAUCUGGACGUUGGCAACCCACAGUGUGGUGGAAAAACAUAUCUGGGAUGUAGGUGUGAGCCUGGCCACGGUGGUGGUGGCAGGAAGGUUGCUGGAGCCACUGUGGGGAGCCCUAGAGCUUUUGAUCUUCUUUGCAGUGGUGAAUGUAUCUGUUGGGCUCCUAGGGGCCUUUGCUUAUCUUCUCACCUAUAUGGCAUCAUUCAAUCUCUCUUACCUAUUUACUGUUCGCAUCUAUGGCAUGUUGGGCUUCCUUGGAGGUGUCUUGGUGGCCCUCAAGCAGACCAUGGGGGACAGUACUGUCUUGAAGGUACCUCAGGUGCGGAUGAAGGUUGUCCCCAUGCUCUUGCUUCUGAUCCUGGCAGUUCUGAGAUUGACCACCCUUGUUGAAAGCAAUGUCCUGGCUUCUUAUGGCUUUGGGGUGCUUUCCAGCUGGAUAUAUCUUCGAUUUUAUCAGAGACACAGCAGAGGACGUGGUGACAUGUCAGACCACUUUGCAUUUGCCACAUUCUUCCCUGAAAUCCUACAACCAGUGGUUGGCUUGGUAGCUAACCUUGUGCACAGCAUCUUAGUCAAAGUGAAAGUUUGUAGGAAAACUGUGAAACGUUAUGAUGUAGGUGCCCCUUCAUCCAUUACUAUCAGCUUGCCUGGAACAGAUCCUCAGGAUGCUGAGCGAAGGAGACAAUUGGCCCUGAAAGCACUGAAUGAGCGGUUGAAGCGAGUAGAAGACCAGUCUGCAUGGCCUAGCAUGGAAGAUGAUGAUGAAGAAAGCAGCAAGGAUGAUACUCCACUGCUCCCUGAGAAGAGCAGGGACACACACAUUGCAGGGAAAACAACCAACCAGGAGUCCAGCCUCAUUACCUUUGAGGAUGCGCCCUCUCAGUUGUGACCAUGAAGCAUCUGCCCCUCUCUUCUGCCUGUCCCUGUGUGUCAGCUGCUAAUGAUCUUUUGAGUGCCCUCCCUCAUUAUGCUGCCUGCUCUGCAGGGAGCAAAGCACUAUGCCUAUCUGCCCUGAGAGGCUACCUCCCUUCCAACAUGUAUUAGCCAGACACAUGGCUGAUGGCUCUCUGGACUCUUGGUGAAAACUGUUAACUGCUGCAUAGACCUGAAAUUUUGACUCUUCUCCUCAGCGGUGAGGUUGAAAUUGAGGAUUUCUCAGCAUUGGCAGGGGAGGAGGGAGAUCCAUAUUUCUUCAGCUCAGUAAGGAGCACACGUCUGAAAAAAAGAGCUCUACAGAAUCCGUCAAGCCGGUAGCUGCCAUUUUGGCUAUUAACACAUGUAUGUGUCUAGCUAUUUUUGGUGGCAGUUUGGGUGAAUCUGUGUGGGGCUCUGGACUGCCCAGCCUGGUGAAUGGGCCCCUAUUUAUAUAGUGGUCUGGCACUUGGAGCUCCAAAAUUUUGCUUAAUCCCACCAGGGCAUCACAGAGCAAAGUCAGUGAGUGAUGCAGCACUUUCCCCUCUUGAUUUCAUUUUACCUUAGUGGUAAUGGUUGUCAAAAAUAACUCUACAGCUUCCCUUUUUUCUUUCAAAGUUGCUUUUGGUAUUGAUUAAAUGAGCAAGCAAUUUUUAAAAACAAAAAUAAAAGAAUCCUUUGCUAUAUUUAUCUUUCCUACCUGUAGAUUUGGUAACCCUGGUGAGCCCUGCCAAAAUGAGUUGCUCUCACAGGACCAGCUGUUAAAAGCCUUUUUAAUAACAGCAUAACUACUUAGGUCUACCGCUUAAAUUUUUGAGACUGAAGGUUUUAGGGAUACAGAGCAGCCUGCUUCUAGUUUGUGAACUACCACGUGGAAAAGCAUCAUCCGUGACUUUCUGCAAGACUCUUAGAGAUAUUUUUUUUUGUUUUUUAGCCUUUGAUUUUUCUUUAUGUCCUUUUGCAGUGAUUCAGAUGGUGAAGCAGCUUCUGUCUUAAAUGGGGUGCCAGUCUGCUCAGGGGCUAUUGGGGUGAAGAUUUUGUUGCAGUAGAGAAAAUGUGUUGCUGGUUCUGUUUUAUUUUUAAAGGUGCUUUUUUGUGGGACUCUUCACGAUUCUUCUGAUGCCUGCUUUUUCUCUUUGGUUAUAACUUCCUCUCCUCUGGGCUGACAUGCUUUUUGGGUGGCAGCAAACCCUUAAAUGUCUUGCUUUGACCCAUAGCCCCCAAAGGCUGCACCUCUCCCUGUUGGAGGACUGGGUCGGGGGGUGGGCAUUCAGCAGAAUGGGAAGAGAGUACAAGACAGUGUUGUGAUUUUUUUUUUAAUUAUUAUUUUUUUUUAGGACCACAUGAGAAGGUUUUUGUCAACCAGGAAAUAAACACAAAAUUUCAGUAUCAAUAAACAGUUAUUUUAAAGAGUG